GGAAGACGCAUGAAGAUGACAGCUCCCUGCUGCGAAUUCCGAAGACCAGGAAAUGAGAACUCAUCUCUCCUCGUGUAACAUGUGACAUCCAAAAGAUGAAGGAUAUGACUUUUACCAACUGGAUCUUGACGUCGGCUUGUGGGGAGCUUCAUAGACUCUCUCUGCUUUAAUUGGAGACCACACUGAGAACCUUGCGGCUCAUCAAAUAUGAACGUCCACUCCGUUGACCAAGAUGAAACUGUAUUUCAGGGACAGCGGUUACCACAGUGGACAGUUUAUCAUGUUAUCAGGUUACAGGGUGCGUGAACGGGUUAAAUAAACAGCAAGCUUCUAACUUGUGCUGAGCAAGUUCUUCCACUGCGAGUCACAAAAAGCUACACUGUCCAUCGUUGACUUAGUUAGCAGGCAAUUUCACGGUUCAUGCAAGGUGACGAGCAGAUUCGGUUCACGGCGUGAUACCGUGACGAUUCCGGGGCAUUUAACGUUCAGCAUUUUCUAUGUUGUUGUUUAUCUACUGACCUGGCCUUCCCGAAAACUAAGAUACAAAAGUUGUAAUUUGACAGAAGAGUACUGCUGAGUGGACUCUCUGCCAAUUGUGACAGUUCAAACGAGUGUACAGAGUGGUACUCAGAUCACUUUAACCUGGCACGGUGUCCAAACUGCCAUAGUACAAACAAAAGGGGAAAGACUAACCCGCGGCUGAUACCAAAUAUUCCUUUUCAACUUCAGCAGUGCGGCAGAAAGCCCGAUUGAAGACGAGGAUGAUGUGGCGAAUGCGCCGUCGCUCCAGGACAAUCUGUCUGUCCUUGGCACUCGUUUUCAUUUUCCUGCACCUCCUCCUGAUGUUCGUCUCCCUUUCCUUGUACCACCAACCCUGUGACCCCCCGCCACUCACUCGGACACCCUUCGCCAAACACCUGGCGAACAAAAGCUACGACUUCACGACCGUUGCAGUUGUGGCUGAAUCAACGGACGGGCCACGGAGACAUUCUCCCGGUGUCCCUUUGGACCAUUUCCAGGGCGGAAGAAUAAAAGCACCCAUUGUUGAGCCUCUUGCGUCAAGUCUGGCGAAGCUACAGGCGCUGUUUAACCAUCCUCUUUACAAUGCGCCCAUGUCGGCCGUUCAAGAUGAGGAUUUGUUGUUGAAGGUCAUACCAAAGCUGCGGUCCGAGAGGAGCUCCCAAAUGUGGGUGAGUAGAAGCCAGGAAAGUUACGACAACGCCCACUGGAACAGCAGCAGUGACAGCCAUCCCCCCUGGCUGCGUUUUCAUCUGGCCAUCUCCCGCUGGCAGCUCUACCCCCACCCGGACCCCAACAUGGAGUCUGUGAUCCAACAGCUCGCCACUCACCGCAUCGUUAGCUCAGUGCAGAAAACCGGGGGUACGCAGCUGAAGCUGGUGAUGUCAUUCCCAAACUAUGGGCAGGCCAUGUUCAAACCCAUGAAGCAGGAAAGAGAUGAUGAAACCAACUAUAACCUCUACUAUUUCUCUGACUUUGAGCGUCACAAUGCAGAAAUUGGAGCCUUUCACCUAGACAGGAUUUUAGGGUAUCGGAGGGUACCUCCAGUCGUUGGGAGGCAGGUGGAUGUCGUCAAAGAGAUUAAAGACAUCACGACGGAUCGCAAACUGGCCCGGACGUUUUUUAACUCCCCCGACUACUGCACGGCCAUCAAGAAAACAGCGCCCUAUGACAAAGGAACAAGGCUGGUGGACUUCAUUGACAUGGUCAUACUGGACUUCCUAAUGAGUAGGUUCAAGUUUCCAUGA